AUGCCCCUCGAAGUUCAAAAGAUGGGGCCACGCAUCAUCCUGGCCACCAAGGUGCACUACCCAGUAUCACAAGGGGAUAACACGGCUGAGAAAGUGAUUGCUUCGGUGGAGACCAGUCUCAAGGAGCUGGGUACGGAUUGCGUAGAUAUCCUCUACCUGCACAAACCAGACCGUACUACGCCGUUCCAAGAGACACUUGGAGCCAUGGACAAGCUUCACAAGGCCGGCAAGUUCGUUCGUUUCGGUAUUAGCAAUUUCACCGCGUACGAGAUGGCCGAGGUCAUGAUGAUUUGCAAAUAUAACAACUGGGUGCGCCCCAGUAUUUUCCAGGGUAUGUACAACUGCAUCACGCGCAAUAUUGAGACCGAGCUUUUUACUGCCUGUCGCCGCUAUGGUCUGGACAUCGUAGCAUACAACCCUCUCGCUGGCGGUCUAUUCUCUGGCAAGAUCAAGUCGCAUGACAUGGUACCCGAGAGCGGUCGGUUCUCGGAUACCAGCUCAGGUCAGGGUGGAAUGUAUCGAAAGCGCUACUUUCGCGAGAGCACAUUCAAGGCUAUUCAGUUGGCUGAAGGGGCUGUCGAGAAGCACAGCUUGACCAUGAUCGAGGCAGCGCUGCGCUGGGUAGUGCAUCACUCCGAGCUCAAGAUCAAUGACGGUAACGAUGGUAUUCUCAUUGGUGUAUCAAGUGUCGCACAGUUGGACGAUAACUUGACCUACCUGGAGAAGGGACCCCUGCCGGAAGAAGUCGUCAAAGCUCUCGACGAGGCCUGGCAAAUCUCCAGGGCUGAUUCACCAAAUUACUGGCACGGUGACUUGGACUAUGGUUAUGACACGAUACAGGCUCUGUUUGGGCCUGGCGCGCAGUAG